UUUGUUCGUUCCUACAAUUCUCUGUGAAGACAAGUUAUGUCAACAGCUGCUUUAAUCCAUUUGGUAAGAAACGGAGGGUAUCAAGUACGGAGAGCCCUUCUGACGUCCCGCCUCUUGCAAGACGAGAAGCGUCCAACGGUUGAGUGCUACAGUUCCACCUCUGAACGUCGUGCAUCCCGCUUCGAUCCAGACGGGAGUGGGCGACCUGCUACGUGGGACACAUUUGGCAUCUGGGACAAUCGCAUUGAUGAACCUAUUCUCCUACCACCAAGCAUAAAGUAUGGGACGCCAAUUCCCAAAGUCAGCCUGAGCAAUGUGGGCUGUGCUAGUCAUAUUGGCAAGCGGAAGGAAAACGAAGACCGCUUUGAUUAUGCUCAGCUGACAGAGGAUGUCCUGUACUUUGCAGUUUAUGAUGGACAUGGCGGGGUGGCGGCAGCAGACUUCUGUGCUAAGAACAUGGAAAAAUAUAUCAAAGAAUUUCUUGCUCAGGAGGAAAACUUGGAAAACGUUUUGAACAAUGCUUUUCUAGAAAUAAACAAUGCAUAUGAAAGGCAUGCUCAUCUGUCUGCUGACGGUUCUUCAUGUCACUUUUUGCUGUUGGCUAAAACAGCAACUCUGAUGAACUCUGGGACCACUGCGACAGUGGCCCUGCUCCAGGAUGGUAUUCAGUUGGUUGUGGCAAGUGUGGGAGACAGCCGUGCCCUGCUGUGUCGAAAAGGAAAGGCUAUGAAACUCACUAUUGACCAUACGCCAGAAAGGAAGGAGGAGAAGGAAAGGAUCAGGAAGUCUGGUGGCUUCGUUGCCUGGAACAGUUUGGGACAACCACACGUGAAUGGUAGACUUGCAAUGACGCGGAGCAUAGGAGAUUUGGAUCUUAAGAACAGUGGCGUGAUAGCCCAGCCAGAAACAAAAAGGGUUCAGUUACAUCAUGCAGAUGACAGCUUCCUGGUCCUUACUACAGAUGGUAUUAACUUCAUGGUGAACAGUCAGGAGAUCUGUGACUUCAUUAACCAGUGCCAUGAUCCUGCUGAAGCUGCCCAUGUUGUUACUGAGCAGGCAAUGCAAUUUGGCACUGAGGACAACAGCACGGUUGUCAUAGUGCCUUUUGGAGCAUGGGGAAAGUAUAAAAACGGCGAGAUCAACUUCUCCUUCAGCCGCAGUUUUGCCUCCAGUGGGAGGUGGGCAUGAAGUCCUGCCACAGCUAUCCUUUCCUGCAAUAAUCUGGACACAGUGUGCUACAAGAGAGCACAUCCAUCUGUUCAUAAACUGGCUGAAUGUCUUGUUCAUCUCUCCUGUCUUCAGUGUUACGAAAGAUGCCACCGCUCCCUCGGUGCGUAAUGUCACAUUACUGCUUGCAGUUGAUUGCAUUUUACUGUGCUUGUUUAUUCAGAUUGGCAUUGAGGCAGCUAUUUCUUUGGGUUUCUAGUCCCAGCAGCUCUUCACACCUCUUGGUUCACAUAGACAAGUCUCUAGGCCUCCACCUGAGGCUGGAGCUAUUGCACAUUUGUUUCACACCAACCUGUAUUACCUAGAACUCUUAGUUACCUGGCAGCUGUGAAAGUCUGAGACUGAGCCAUGCGCCAUCUUCUUUGUACAUUAAUCCACAGGGGAACAAGCACACAGUUUUCCUAGCGAGACAAAAAGAGGUUUUGUUGUUUUCCUCUGCCAUACAGCCACCCAGAACUCCCCGUGUUUCCAGAAGGAGGUGAAACACAAGGGGGAGGUUUCAGAAGCAAUUAGUCUGUGGUUAUAUUCUGGUGCCAGUGGCAUUCAGUGUUCCUGAACAACAUCCUAAGACAGUGCUGCUUUGCAGGGCUUUAGGCUCUCACUGAUGUUAUCUGCCAUCCUUCAGCUCCCAAGAGACAGAGCAGGCUAGAGCCAUGUGCUGUUGGACAGAGAGGAACGUCUCUCAGUUGAGUCUAAAGCCUGUACCAUCUCUGUGGACCAUGCAGCAACCCCUUGCACUGCAUUGUCUUUGGUGUGCCAGUGGCUUAACAGAAGUGUGUAGGAGGGAAAACGCAGCACAUUUUUUGAAUUGCUGAGACUCCCAUCAAUUUCAAUGUCCUUUUAUUUUUUUUUUUAAUAUUCUCCUUGUUUCCCCCUAAGAAAAAAAGAAACAUUUCAAAGAGUUUUCUAUUCAAGAUUCUUCGGAUGUCUAAGAAAUGAGUUUGUUUAUUAUUUCUUCAUAAAUAUAUGAGCAUUUUCCUGCCCUCUGCUGAAGUUUUUUUUCAGUUAGUCAGGAUGUCCUGGGUCUCCUCGUGGUAUACAGAGAGGUGUAAAAUGCUCAAAGCAAGAAAGCUAGAGAAAUGAGUGAGCAUUUUAGUAACGUACAGUAAUCUUUGUAAGUUUGGGGGAUUUGUUUCUAGUGGGUGUCAGAUAUUAGGACACCAAAAGGUAGUUUUGUACUUAAAGGAAAUGUAUCUGCUUUCCUUUCUGUUGGGAGUCUGUGUCCAGCAAGGCCAGAGCUCUGAGCCAGCUCAGCUCGCCACUGUGACAAGACUGCAAGUGACGUGUCAGCGUGUUGGCAGCAGGCGAAGAGCUGUCCCAGCAUGGCUCUGUCAGACCUCAUUCUUCCUCUGCUCCAAAUCAGGCAUGCAAUUCCUGUGGCGUCUGAAUCACCCUGCUGUAAGGAAAUAAGGGCAGAGGAAAAAUCAGGCUCUUCCCACAUUUGCAACAGUAGAUUUUAGCUGUUUCCAACCAUGCCAUUUUACAUACCAAACAAACCAGCCAAACGAAAUGAACAGAAGUGAGCAAAAUUGUCUGAUACUAAACCACCUUACAACAAGGAAAAAUAUUUCUGAGAUGCCUGGUCUGAUUCUCAUUUUUGAGUGUGACAUAGGCAUCUUCAUUAUUUUUAGCCCUUUGCAGGCCCAGGGUUACAACACAGAUAGUCAUUCCACAUGUUCUUCCUCGCCUCUGGCUGCAGGCCUAGGAGCACCCUGCAGAGCUCAGCAUUGUACCGACAGCAUUAAUUCUCUGUGUUUAGAGAGUAUGCUCAUUUUGUCCCAUUGCUUGGUGUAUUAUAUGGUAUGUAUAGUGUCAAUAUUCGGUUCAUAAGUAUAAAAAACUCAUGAAUCAGUAUUUGUAAAUCUCUAUUGUAUUUGUUGCUGUUGCCCAGGCAUCUUGAAUGAGUGUGUCAUUGGUUUACAAUUAUAAUCCCUUCUCUCUCCCCAGAAUUGCCCCAGCACUGGGGUUCAGUCUUCACCUGAGAUCAACAUGUUUCAUCCUGGGCUCAGCCUUGUUUUACUUGAGGCAAAAGGUCACUUUUGAUUGAGAACUUCUAGUUCCCAGCCUGUGGUAGGUUUGAAAAUCGCCACAGCCUGUUUGUAGUAAAACCAGCAAGAGACAGCCUCUCCUGAUCCUGAGCACUUGCAGAGAGGAAACACCUAACAGAGGUUUGGAGAGCUGUGCUGGCAGUGUGGUUUUGACCCAUUUGCACUGCAACCUGAACUGGUGACUCCCACUGAGGAGCUGACCUGCUGAAGUAGCAAGUGCGAUAGCUCUCAGCUGAGGGUUAGCCACAGCAUGUAGCCAUCUUACUCUGGGCAGAGGAAGGGUUAGAGUCUGUUCUGCAGAGGGAGUUGCUGUGGGGGCAGUUUUGGUGUCAAGUGUCAGACAGGCAUGAGCAGCAGCAUAGGGAUUUGGACAAGCCCCAUCAACACAUUCGAUGGCAAACGCCAGUAUCCAGACAGAAGAUGUCAAGGGCGCCGGGGGUGUUUGUGACAAGUACAUGUUUGUUUUUUUGAGCAGUACUGGAUACUUGCCAAGCUGAAUGCGUAGUAUGAAAUGCAGGCUGGUAAUGAGUAACACUGCAAAUAAAGAGCAGGUGCUCUGAGGAAUAUCCUGGCAGUUAAAAUAACUUCCAAGCAUUGACCUAUAUGUAAAAUGAAAUCAUUUUUAUACUAACUGGAGAUUUGGGGGCAUUUUUUGUUUUUUCCCUAUCUGUUAGAAAAUUUCAUAGAUAACGAAGUUGUUGUGCACUUUUAUUUCCUCUAACAGACUGGUUGUCAUCUCAGAGGAAAGAUCCAUCCAUAACUGCUUCUGUAUUAUAGAAAGGAAGGGAUAAGACAAAGCUUUCCAAAAUACGAGGUGAUUAGAUAUUACUGCCUUUAUACUAUCACAGGAAAACUUUGGCUACAAAGGAAUGUUCAGUGUUAUCUAGUGCAGCCUCCUGCUCAAAGCAGAGCUAAUUUCAGAGUUAUAUCCUGCUGCAAAGGGGCAUCUCCCGACACUGAAACGUAGUGACUGAAAGUGGAUGGGAAUAAAGAUUUUAGCAUGCAGUGCAACCUGCCUGUUGAACCACUAAAACACAUUGAAGUUGAAAGAUUACCAGUAGGUGAAAAACAACAGGCACUUUGUAUAGCUACCAGUGAAUUUCACAAAUCAAUUAGCACAUGUAUCUAACAGAUACUAGUUGUUUUGCUCUACGCAAAAGUUAAUGAGCAACUGACAAAAGACUACAAAGAUGCAUUUCUUAUGCACAGGUUAUUCCCUGCCUGUUCCCUCUAGUUUUCUGCGUCUCAUUCUAAAGUAAAAAAACUACCAAUUAAGACAAAACUCCUUGCCAAGUGGCACAGUAUUCUGCCCAGUCCUCUCUCCAUUAAGCACAGAGGCACCUUCACACUGGUUUGUGGGGAUUUCUGACUUCAUUUUUUGCACUGCCAGACUCUUAAGUGCCAGUCAGAAUCAUCAUUUUGUACAGACACGCCCCUACCAGGAUCUUUCUCCUCAACAACAUCCUUGCCUUUUCCUGCAACCAUGACAGUAAACUCCCUUGGGAUUUAAAUGGCAACUGUGCCAAACUUUGUUUUUUUCAAGGAAAUCAGGCAAAACCUGCAGUGUCCUCAGUGAUGGGUUCUUCAGUCAUUUGACACUUCUUACUGAAGAGUCAUUCAAAUAGUCUCAGCAUUUCCAUUUUAGUUUUGGGGCUAUUUGGGCACCAAUAGCACAUAAACAGUGGGCUUCGCCAACGCCUUCAGUGGGACUCAGUGUAUGGCACUGAAAAUCUUUUGCAUGGACUAUGAAAGUUGGAAGAAUCAAGUUAUGUCACGGUAAACACAACUGUCUUGUUGUCGUGGUACCAGGGGAUCAAAUUAGCAGCACCCUGGAUAAUACCCAGCAAAAGAACCUCUCAGCACCUGGUCCCCCCACCAGAAAUACGUACUGAUCUGCUCUAAUGAAGGUGUGCUUGUAUUUUUUUUUUCCUCCCUAGUCAGCAGGCCUCCUGCUACUUACAGCAGCUCUACAAAUGAUCAGAUUGAAGCCACAAGAACAUGCAAAAUUAUCUUGCCUAGUAGAGGGUUUCUUUUAACCUGAGGGAAUAAAAGCUAAUUGUCUACAACAAAAAGCUAAUUAUCUACUGUCUACAACAAUAGUUGCCUAUCAAAGGGGUUUAUUAUUGCAGGAUCUACUUGUAUCUUAAAUUAUGAAUGAAAUUCAACAGAAUCUCAAUUUGCUCUCUAGCUCUCUUUCAACUGUUGUAUCAAUUAAAAGAAUUAUUUUUUUUUCUUAAAUUGUAAGCUCAACUGAACAUUAAAGGUUACCUACUGAACAAACCACAGCAAGUUUAUUUUAUUUUAUUUUUUCCUGCCUUUUUUGAGCUGGAUUCUGAACUCUGUGAGAUCUAUCUAGUAAGCAUUAUUUUCUUGCCUGAACACUCCUCCUGGAACAGUGCUACUUCUCUAACAUACAGGUACUGCAGGAGGGUGGUCUGCAGGUAUGGAAAAGCAAAAAAUGUUGUCCAGCUUGUUACUUGUUUUUAUUGUGAAGACUUGGAAGGCACAGGAAGCCUGUUGAUGGAGGAUUUACUAGGAGAGCUGUUCAGACUGCAACUGGAGUUGCAGCCUGGUCUCUCUACCACCCAGAAAGUGGGAUUUCAUGCUUCAUAGAGGGAACUCUCUACAGUAGAACCUCAUUUGCAGCCAUGAUAGAGGAAAGCAGGUCUGUCUGGAAGGUGAUGGUAGUGCAAGAAAUAGAAAUGAGGGUGAGCUGUAACAGCUUAUUUAAUGCACUGCCCUCUUAACAACUAGUCCUGUUUUGUUUGAAAAGUUCAGGGUUGGUGAAUAACCAUGUAGCACUGUUUGUGGUUGAGAGUGGGGAUGAGAGAGAAUUUAGACAUUACUGCCUUUUAUGUAUUUGGGGAAAUGAAAAUGCUGAGGAUCUGAGAAUCACCACAGGAUUCUACAUGAAUUGGGGUAUCAGAUGACCUUUUCUGUCUCAGCAGGCAUAUGUGCUGUUGUCAAAGGCAUCAGGGUUUCUAGCUAAGGCAGUAGCACGAAACAGUAGUUAAACUGGUAUAAUAGUCAUUUCUGUUAAGGAAGAUCACUUAUGCACUUACAGGUCCAUUGAUCACGUACCGAACCAGAUGAACAUACAUGGUAGCAACUCCCCAGCUUGGUUCUGAAGCUGCUGUUCUCAAUGCACAAAUACUCACUGGAGUUCCCCCUUUACCCAGCACAUCAAAUGCUUGGGCAGUGGCGUGUGUCAUAACUUUCUACAGACAAGUAGAAUGUUCAUUUCACAGUUUGCCUUAGGACUGUCUGUAAUUCCUGAGGUUUGAUGUUUAUGUUUGGUGUAAUCAUUGUCCAUGAUUAAUCUACUUCAUUUUAUUGAAAUAUUAAUUUCCCUUCCCCCACCUCCCUCAUUAUUUGAUUUUUUUUUUAAACAACAUCUGUCUUCAAAUUUGUAACUCAUAUACUCAAAUGUACAGUGCGACAGAAAGGAUGUACUGGAAUGCUUGAAAAAGAUCUUUAAAUAAAGAAUUUGCUUCCAGA